CGAUUUUUUCAGCACUCUGUUUCCAAGAAUCCUUUCCCACCAGUAGCUCAUAAAACUCAUGGCGUAGCUGGAGCAACGCCAAAGCAGCAAAAAGUUGACCUGUCCACAAGGAAACAAGAUGGCACUGUUCAACGCCGGAGUGCAGCAUCCGUUCUACAUCCAAGCGGUCUAAUGAGUUCCAGCAGCGCCACUGCCACUGUGUCGAUGACCACUUCUGCUACCGAUCGCCCAAGACGAGCUACCGCGGGCCAAAAAAGCCAGAGCGCUACCGAGCAGAAAAAGCGUCGUUAA